UUUAAAAAAUAUUUAAACUACAAUAAUUAUAAUUAUUCAAGUAAGAUUACAAAUCUUGGUUGACAUGACCUUUAAUACAGAGGGACACAAUUAUUCAAUACACAAUAUCAACAAAUCCAAAUAUAACGUCCGAGUUUACAUAAUCCAAAUAUUUAUAAAUGUAUUUAAUGUACAUAUGUAUAUACCAUGCUGGCUUGACACGGGGCGAAUUAUGUACAGAUCAAUAAGCAUGUAAAUACACACAUUGAAAAUUACAACGCCUGCACAUAGAGAAGUAACAAACCGAAACUUUAAAUAUAAAAAGCGGAUAAUCUUUUAAACUUUAAAAAGAUGAUAACCCAAACAGAAUAUCUCAGCGAAAGACGGAUAACUUUGGUCGGUAAGACUGGGAAUGGGAAAAGUUCGACAGGAAAUACUUUACUUUGCAAAGAUGCUUUUGUCCAGAAAUCGAGUUCAAAUGCUGUGACGGAAAAUUGUUCAAUGAAAAGUAGUCCGAAUGCCUCAUAUACAAUACGUUACAAGGUAGUAGAUACACCAGGCCUUUUUGACAACGAUAAAACUCUUAGUAAAAGAGCACUUGACAUAUUGUAUUCCGCCGAGCUUUGCAAAAAUCCACAUGCUUUUUUGAUUGUAUUUAGUGCCAAAAACCGUAUGACCACAGAUGAAAAGUUUACUAUAGAUAUGUUGAGGGUCAUCUUUGGAGAAAAAAUUUUUGAACAUGCUAUUGUCGUUUUCACCCAUGGGGAUGUAUUUAAGACAGACGGUGAUUUGAAGAGAUUUUGGUCUGAAAACAACGAGUUUGCUAAGCUGGUAAAGCUUUGUGGAAACCGUGUUGUAAGUGUAGAGAAUACGCACGACUAUUAUAGCCCAAAUAUAGGAAGACAAAAUAUUAUAGAUAUGGUUGAAAAAAUGUCUGAGUCUGGAAAGAGAGUCUACGACUACCAGCAUUUGGCCACUCAUAAAGCAGUUAUAACAGAUCAUGCUAAAAACUAUCAUGGAGAAGGCACUGUUCACGAUGAGCUAUCAGACAUUGUUCAAAGGUUAGCGGAUCAGUUAGACGACACAAUAUGGACAAAAGUUUUGGUUGGAGGUGUGUUGCUAGGUGGGGGAGCUAUGAGCCUUGGAUAUAUAGCUGGUGCUGCUGGGGCGGAAGCCGUUGUGGCGACAGGACUUGGAUCGGUUAUUUUUGAAAACGCUGUUGCUGUUGGAACUACUGUUGUCUCGACAGCUUGGAGUGUUGCUACAAAAUUUAGGUUCUGGUGAGACUUUUGUCAGGAAGCAGAAAGCAGAAUUGACUUUAAAAUUCGAAAUGGAAUUGAAUGUGACACAAAAGUUGAGUUUGUAGGUCCCUGAAAACAGUACAAUUCAGUUCAUUUAUAUUUUUGCGGACUUAGUUCAGGGACAUUGACUCUUUGCUCCUGUUUACACAUGCAUGGAAUAUGUUCGUUUUAAGUCGAUAUGUUUUGUAUCAGGCUGACAAAUGUAGCAUAUUCAUGAGAAACAAAUAAAUUUCAAGUCGAAUUUUCA